CGCGGCGGGAAGUGUGGCGCAGGCGCACUUUGUCGACUCGGUUGGUGGGGAGGCCUUGGAGGCGGCAACCCAGGCAUCUAGGGAGCCACAGAAGUCGUACUCUCUUAAACCCUGCCUUGCCUCCGCACCCCCUCCGUGGACGUGACCCCUUUUGCAUCUCAGUUGUUUGGUGUUGGAGGCGUCUUUGGGGAUUCAGAUGGAUGAGCCGAUGGCUUUUUCUCCCCCACAUGACCGGUUUCAGGCUGAUGGCUCUGUUAAAAAAUACGAGCCGAAUUAUAAACUUCCAGGCAUUAAAAAAGAUAUUGAGAAGCUUUAUGAAGCUGUACCACAGCUUGGUAAUCUGUUUAAGAUUAAGGACAAAAUUGGAGAAGGCACUUUCAGCUCUGUUUAUUUGGCCACAGCACAGUUACAAGUAGGACCUGAAGAGAAAAUUGCUCUAAAACACUUAAUUCCAACCAGUCAUCCUAUAAGAAUUGCAGCUGAACUUCAGUGCCUAACAGUGGCUGGGGGGCAAGACAAUGUCAUGGGAGUUAAAUACUGUUUUAGGAAAAAUGAUCAUGUGGUUAUUGCUAUGCCAUAUCUGGAGCAUGAGUCCUUUUUGGACAUUUUGAAUUCUCUUUCCUUUCAAGAAGUACGGGAAUAUAUGUUUAAUCUGUUCAGAGCUUUGAAACGCAUCCAUCAGUUUGGUAUUGUUCACCGUGAUGUUAAGCCCAGCAAUUUUUUGUAUAACAGGCGCUUGAAAAAAUACGCCUUGGUAGACUUUGGUUUGGCCCAAGGAACCCAUGAUACAAAAAUAGAGCUUCUCAAAUUUGUCCAGUCUGAAACUCAGCAGGAAGGUUGUUCACAAAACAAAUCCCACACAAUCACAGGAAACAAGAUUUCAUUGAGUGGCCCAGCACCUAAGGAGCCGGAUCAACAGUCUACCACAAAAACUUGUGCUAAAAGACCCUACACAAAUGCACAAAUUCAGAUUAAACAAGGAAAAGACGGAAAGGAGGGAUCUGUAGGCCUUUCUGCCCAGCGCUCUGUUUUUGGAGAAAGAAAUUUCAAUAUACACAGCUCCAUUUCACAUGAGAGCCCUGCAGUGAAACUUAUGAAGCAGUCAAAGACUGUGGAUGUACUAUCUAGAAAGUUAGCAACAAAAAAGAAGGCUGUUUCUACAAGAGCUAUGCAUAGUGGUGUGACAAGGAAAACUGCCAGUUCUUGCCCAACUAGCCUGCCCUGUGACUGCCAUGCAACAGAUAAAGUUUGCAGUAUUUGCCUUUCAAGACGUCAGCAGGUUGCCCCUAGGGCAGGUACACCAGGAUUCAGAGCACCAGAGGUCUUGACAAAGUGCCCCAAUCAAACUACAGCAAUUGACAUGUGGUCGGCAGGUGUCAUAUUUCUUAGUUUGCUUAGUGGACGAUAUCCAUUUUAUAAAGCAAGUGAUGAUUUAACUGCUUUGGCUCAAAUUAUGACAAUUCGAGGAUCCAGGGAAACUUUCCAAGCUGCUAAAACUUUUGCUGGAUACGUCACUGCAAAGUUAUUUAUCUUAAGAAACUGGCCAAAUUUGGCGGGUAAUGCUGUCUGCCAGUGUCUGCAGAUGUAUUGUUUCCACCUACGUUUAUGCCUGUUGUCCGUGGCAGAGAACACUAACACCAGACAGAAAGGUCAACUCUGUUCAGAUUUUUCCUAUGUUCUUAGAACUGAUGUUACUGUUUCCUAAUUUUGUCAAAUUAUACGUCUGAACUGUUUUCCUUUCUUGAAAGGUGGAUGUUAUCAACUACUUACCAGAUAAAUAACCAGAAGUAAUUAAUGCUGUGUCAAAUGACAAUCAGAUUUUCAACAACGUGACCACAGAGGUCAGUGUAAGGCAAGUACUUAGUAAAUAAUGACAUUUUCGAUAUCUAAAGUUAAAAGGCAUGAUCUUAGGAAAGCAAUUGCAAAUUGGGUGAGAAAAUGGUAAAAGUUCAACAAGUUGCAACAUAAUUUCAGAGCUUAUUUGACCUGUUCUUUUUUCUCAAUAGAAGAACUAAAAAGACAAAAUUUUCCUUGACCUCUGUUUUGAGUGCUUUAAAAAAUUAACAAUACAUAGUAAA